AUGUCCACUUCAGAGUCAUCCGCAAAGUCGCCCUCUGUCAACGGCGGCAAGGCAAGGAGGAUCUGGACGCCAGCAGAGGACGCGGUACUAAAAGCACUUGUCGGCCAUUACGGUGACGCUCGCGGCCAGGACGGCAGCUGGAAGGAGAUUGCAGCAUCGCUUCACAACAGAAGCCCCAAAGACUGCCGAAAACGGUGGUUCCAUUCUCUAGAUCCGUCCCUUCGGAAAGGUAGAUGGACUGCACAGGAAGACGAAAUUCUACUCGGAGCUCACGCUCGGCUCGGGCCUUCAUGGCGUGAGAUCUCUCUAUUGAUCCCUGGAAGAAAAGACGACCAGUGUUCGAAGAGAUAUAACGACAUACUCAACCCAUUAGCCAGAGAUCGCCUCAUUGAUUGGACCCCUCACGAGGACGACCUACUCCGACAAGGCGUGUGUGCGCUUGGCCAUCGCUGGUCCGCAAUAUCAUCCAGGAUCCCUGGACGCCCACCUCUUACUUGUCGAAACAGGUGGCGGACUCUCUCUCGAAAAUCGCAGCUGAGACGGAGCAUUCCCAAGGAUACAGCAUCAUCAAUUCCGUCCCAGAUGUCGGCCAGUGAACCGAGCACCUCGCCAGGGUCUCGGAAUACGGCCCUCGCGCCGGAGUCGUUAAACGGAGAUGGCCCUGAUAAACUUGGCCUAAACUCGCUUUCCUGUCAAUGUAGUGCCAGUUUCCCCGAUCCCGCCUUAUACAACUCCUUCUCGGACUCGGCCCAUCAGUCAGGGAUGGAGCUCCAGAUUACCAAUGCUGAUGCACCGCCUUCCCCCAUGGUCUUGAAUGGAAUCGCUCUCAACACCCCUGGUCACACGACAUCUACCUCGAGACAUGACUGGUCACAGCUGGCUCGAUCACCUCACGCAAACCUCCAGCCAAGGCCGCUCAAUACGAUGGCUGCUCGGAGCUAUCUCCCCGAACCAGCCAGUUGGUCCCCCAUCAGCUCGACAGACUAUGACGCAGCAGCUCCAACAGCGCCUGUAGGUCAGCCUAAUAACCUUUGGCCAAGCACGGCGUCGCUUUCUGAAGACCCCCAGCUCUGGGGACUCCUGGAAGAUGACUUUACCCCCGCCCCUCGGACAGAUUCAUCUCGGUUUACUGGGCAACCACAGCAGGUUAUCCAUGUGCAUCAUCACUACCACUACCACAUAAUGAAGGGCGAUCCAAGACAUCAUGUCGAGGGUUCGAGUAAGGAGUCCAUUCCAGAACCAACAUUGCAUAAUACAGGAAGCACAUACGAGUAG